UAUUAAGGAAGUGGUAGGGAGGAAAUGGUGAGGUGAGAGUGAAACGACAUGAAUUUCCUGCCUAUGGUACAAGUGUCUUGUCUCCAAGUACAGCGAUCCCAGGCAAAUAUCCAGAAGAAAAAAUUACAAGGAUACCUGAAUGUUCCGUUUCCUCUGUCUUUCUUCAACAGUGUAAUCGCUGCAGAUAUGCUGUGUUUCAAAGAGCAACAUGAAAUAUGCCAGUUACUUGAUUUUUAUCACAUGAGCAAGGGAAUGAUGAAUUAAAUUGUGAUCCCAUCAAUGGUGUCCUAACGUCUACCAACCUUUCUGGCAAUCCAUUCCAUCUGUUUCAUUACCAUUACCAUCUGAUAUCAGGGUUGUCAACUGCCAGAAAAAGUGAGAACAAAACAGUACUUUUUCUACUUCUUCCUCCAUCUGCCACCCCUGAAAAAGUGUGCAGGAGCUCCCGUGCACACCUACAUUCGGAGCUAAGCCAGCAGCAGGGAGCAAUUGUUAACAAAUCUGCAUAGCAAAAGAACAUAAUUUUUACUAAGAAUAAUGACUGUACGUCGAGUUGGUGUUCUGGUAUUUGGAGCCUAUCUACUGCUAAUUCUUCAGAUCCAAGGUCAGAAUCCUGAUAGCAUGCUCAUGGGAACAGGCAUGAAAGCAAAUGGUGCCACAGUUGCUCCUGAAGAUGCAGAGCCAAGUCUUCAUUGUUUCUGUUCUGGUCACUGUGCCACUGAUGAAGGCAACAACACAUGCAUGACAAAUGGAAACUGCUUUGCCAUCAUUGAAGAGGACGAAAAUGGAGACAUUACGUUGGGCUCUGGCUGUAUGAGGUUAGAAGGAGCAGAUUUUCAGUGCAAGGACUCAACAAAAGUGAAAAAGCGGAGAACUAUCGAAUGCUGCAAGACAGACUUCUGCAACAAGGAUUUAUACCCAACACUCGCUCCAACUGCUGAAUCAGAGCAUAUUGGAUUUCCUGAUGACGUGCACCGCUUAGGCCUGUUAAUCUCGCUUAUUGUCUGCAUCUUUGUGCUGAUCAUCAUCACGACUGCCUUCUACUUCAGGUACAAGUGGCAGGCAGAGAAGCGUCUCUACAGCCAGGACCCUGAACAGGAUGUGGCAUUCAUUCCACCAGGGGAGUCGCUGAAGGACCUGAUUGACCAAUCACAGAGCUCAGGCAGUGGAUCUGGACUCCCUCUACUGGUCCAGCGUACGAUUGCAAAGCAGAUUCAGAUGGUACGUCUCGUGGGGAAAGGCCGCUAUGGUGAAGUAUGGAUGGGAAGGUGGCGCGGUGAGAAGGUAGCAGUGAAGGUCUUCCCUUCUGCUGAAGAAGCUAGUUGGUUCCGUGAGACCGAGAUCUACCAGACUGUGCUAAUGCGACAUGAGAGCAUUCUAGGUUUCAUUGCCGCUGACAUUGAAGGUAAAGGCUCAUCGACAUGGCUGUACCUGAUUACAGAUUACCAUGAGUGCGGUUCACUGUAUGACUAUGUGAAAUGCACCGUGCUUGAUACCAAAGCCCUCCUGAAGUUGGCAUACUCGGCUGCUAGUGGUCUCUGUCACCUGCAUACAGAAAUCUACGGAACACAGGGCAAACCCGCCAUAGCCCACCGUGACCUGAAGAGCAAAAACAUUCUGGUGAAAAAGAACGGAACCUGUUGUAUAGCUGACUUAGGCCUAACGGUGAAAUUCAACAGUGACACAAAUGAAGUUGAUAUCCCACUGAACACCCGAGUGGGUACUAAGAGGUACAUGGCACCUGAGGUGCUGGAUGAGAGUCUGAACAAGAACCAUUUCCAGGCCUACUUGAUGGCAGAUAUUUACAGCUUUGGUCUGGUCAUAUGGGAGAUGUCACGUCGUUGUAUUACAGGCGGCAUUGUUGAGGAAUACCAGUUGCCAUAUUAUGACAUGGUGCCAAACGACCCAUCAUAUGAGGACAUGAGGGAAGUGACCUGUGUUAAAUGUCUCCGUCCAACAGUUUCUAACAGGUGGAACAGUGAUGAGUGUUUAAGAGCAGUCCUGAAGCUGAUGUCAGAAUGCUGGGCACACAACCCAGCCUCCCGAUUGACUGCAUUGAGAGUGAAGAAAACACUUGCCAAAAUGGUGGAGUGUCAAGACAUCAAGAUCUGACCGAUUGCUGGAACUGACUCUGUGUGACUCGUAAUGGUCCCAAGGAGGGGCAGAGACUUCUGGUGUGUAGUUAGGCAUUUGCUCGUCCCAACGCCAUUACACACCACAAUAGAUAGGCUGCUAAUGAUGACCUUUUGAAUUCAGAACUGUUUUGUUGACGGCGUAGUGUGGGAAGCCAGAACCUCUGGUAAUGAGUCUCUAUAUCCGAGCUCCAUGAUAGACACAAUCACAUUUAAGAAUAACCCUGCAUAAAUUAUUGCUAUUGUGGAGUUUCUUAAACUUCCUCAGGAUUCCUACGUCUCACUGUUUCCAUCGUGCUCUGUCUAAGGGCCACAGUUGAGAAAUGAUAACUGGCGGGGAACCUCUGCCACGGGAAGUCUGGGACUGGCACCCCACAGCCAGCAGAUUGUGCUUUCUGUGAAAGCCUCGAUUCUGAAUGAAUUUUGCAAACACUUUUUUUGAGAGGUUGAUGCUCGCUUUCCGCCUGUUACUUUCAAACAGGGCCAGAUAAAACCAACCCGCCUUCACCUACCACCGUGAGCCAUGAGGAUAACAGCAACUUCCCCCAUAAUGUCUGAUAUCGACUGGGGCAUUCAGCGUUUGCUGCGACACAAUUGGUUUGUGCUGGCACUAAGUACGAAAAAAACGGCAACAUUUAACCCCUUGAAUCCUGAAGAUUCUCUGUUCAUAAGCUUGUACUGACCAUCGCUUUAUCAGCCGUAAAGUGAUUCAUUCUUGCUUCUGGAAACAAAGGCCCUUUUCACUUUUUUUAAUGUAUUUAAUUUUUCCUUUUGUUACCAUCCACAGGCAUCAGUUAGUGCACUUCCUUUUGCAGGGCUUGAAUUGUGGUGCCUGCUUGCUGUCAGUCAAGCGUUGAACACGCUGACAGUAUAAUAUUACCAUAAACAGUCAGCAUGUCAGCAAUCCUGAUUUUUUUUCUCUGGGAAAAGGACAAAAACAUUUGUCAGACACUUACGUUAAUUGUAUUCUUUCAAACCUGCACUCAGCAGUAAUAUUCAAUGAGUGACUUUUAUCACUGCUGUCAGAAGCUAGCUUUUUUACACUAUUUUAUAUUAAAGACCUAUAAUAUUCGAGCACUCUUGUCAGUCCUCAGUGAUGCUGGUCUAUGUUUUGGUAAUAAGAAGUGCGCUUGCUGUGGGGAAAAUCUGCUUUCUUAGUAAAUUUCACCACACAUGAGAAAGUCUGAUGCAAGGGUCAAAGCUGCUGCUCCACUAGUUCCUGGGGAGUUGGGGAGAAAGAGCGCUAUAUAGCGUAGUAGUGAUGGUGCACUACUAUAUGGUAUAGUAGUGAUGGUGCACUAGUGAUGGUUUACCAUCUUUACUUCUACACAAGUGUAAAACACUUGAUUCCCAAAUGGCACAGGCACACAUGCCUGUGAGUUAUGAAACACACCGAAUUGGUAACUCUUACUUACAAUCAAUAUUGUGCUCUGUGGUCAUUGUUUGGUUGGAAUACAUGGGGUUGAAAUUCUGUUCCACCAAGUUAUCACCAACUAGAAACAAUCUAUGUAAAGUAUCACUGCCAGGGAUUGCAAGCAAUUCACCAAAAAUAAAUAAUACUACUAAUAAUAAACCCGUAGAAUAAAGAAUAAGUACUGUUAAGAUUUUUUCCCCUCACAGAGCUCCAUGUCCUUUGUGUAUUGGUUGUUGUUUCUGGCCCUUCAGUGGGUGUCGAAAAGCGAGUCUGAAUGUCCUGUGACCCAGGAGAAAAGGAGAAGCUGUGAAGGUAGCAUGAUGUGUUGAAUUAAGUUGAAACCAUGUAACGUCAACCCUUGUGUAUAUUCUUUUCUUUUGCAAAAAAUAUUCAUAUAUCAAAUAAUUAAUCCUUGUUAAUAGUUGGUUCUCUCGUUCGUGCCAGGAUUCCAACUGCCAUGAUCUUGUAAUAUGUUAUGUAACAAUGUUGAGAGCUUGUGUAUUAUAGCUGACCUAGUCUUGCAAUAUUUGUUGUAAAUAUAACAGCCAAACGUGAUGCUUCUCUUUGAGUGGGGAGAGUUAGAGAUAUAUCAUAUCAUGAAAAGGAUUAUUUUCAAUGCACACCAUGCACAAUAGUGUCAAUCAUGGGCAUCUGGGUUCAAGAUUCUCAUAUUUCACUGACUUCAAUGUGAAGUGUGAUAUUGCGCAUCUUGUCCAUUGAUGCAUACUGUUGUGUAUUGUAUGCUUUUAGUGCAUGUAGGCCAAAUGUUGUUGGAAUAUCACAUUGGAGAAGGUGAAUUUCCAAUUUUCUUUCACAAGCAUUAAGUCCCACUGUGAGAGAAAAUAUUAAAUAAUGUGUUGGCAUGCUGUAUUUUAAUUUAUUUUUUUAGUAUGUGGUCUGGGCAGUAAAUGUCACUUUUUAAGAAAGCUCUGUUGGUUUAGGAUUGCUUUUAUCAUUCAGAUUUGCUGCGGUAAGACACUCAAGUAUUUCCAAUUACUGUGGAAUAAUGAGCGGAUUAAUGCAGUCCUCAAUUAGCUUUGGGGCAACCAUGCAGUGUAGAUAUUUUCCCUACCCCAUGUUAUGAAGUAGUCAAGUCUAUCUUCAACAACCUCUCAGGAGAACUGGGCCAAAGAGGCCUUUAUAUAAUGGUGGCCUCUGAAUAAGGGUUUGUUACAUACUGACGUCCUCCUGACGUGAAAGGCGCUAUACAAAUGUAACUUGUUGGUUGUUAACACGGGAUGGUUGCUUGAACAGGUUUGACUGUAUAAUGUAUACAGGUCAUCAUUUUGACUUGCCUUCGUUCUUAAACCAUUUGCCAGCAUCAUGUUGCAGAGGGUUGAGCUCAAAGGUAAACAGACAUUUGAUACAGAAGAGCAACAUAUGAUAAGCAAAAAUGUAGGAAAGUGAUCUGUAUUUUUUGACUGUGCAAAAGGACUUGUAAUGUUUCUCUGUAUAUAAGAAGGGGGAGGCCCUGUAUAUAUUAUAAAGGAUACAGUACUCUUGCCUUUCAAAGAAAAUCAUGUGAGCCAGAGGGAUUUGUUUGAAAAUGUUUUGUAUAAUUGUGCCUUUUUUGUCACAGCAGCCUACCUUUGUUUUAUUUAAAGGGGGAGUGAGGGGAGCAUGGGGAUCUGCUAACUGCAGACCAGCAUCAAUCACCCUGCCCAAUGUGUCAGUGUAGAGUAGACAGAAAAAUGUACAAAUCGAUUAUAGAAUCAUUUAGUUAGCAUAUUUGUACAUAGCAAAUGGACAGACAACAGAGGGUUACAGCAGAAACGUUACUUUACUCUAAUGCUUAUGUCAUGUAAGAAAAACAAAAUGAUUACCUUCAAAUGUAAUGAUUUAUAAACCUAUUUUGUACAGCAUCUGCUAAAAGGUGCCUUAUUAAGUUUACCACAGGUUGCUUUGCAAGAAGUACAUUGUGUACACAGAUUAUGUCCUGUAUCUGACUUUUAAGUAAAUAACAUUAUUUUAGUACACAAAUGCUCUGUCAGCUGUGCUAUUUGUUUCCUCAUUUGUUCUCUGUGUUUAUACAGUGCCAACUGCUGCAGAGUGUUGGGUUCAAACGAUUUUCACAUCAUACAUAAUAUUUACUGAUAAUAUGUAUCACAAUUCAUACAGACUCAAAACAUUAGUCCAUAAUGUAUCAUGUCCGUUAAUUCAAUUUGGUAAAUUUUAAGUACAAAUACACAAUAUUCAAAGUCGAGAGAUUUACGAACCAAAGUAAUAUUUUAAAAACAUUAUAUGUAUAUCAACAUCUAUAUGAUAAUUUUCCAUACAUAUCUGAUCUUCCAUUCCCUCCUUACUAAGCACAAAGUUCAGAGCUGGCUGGUUUACUAGUUUUUGUAGUACUGAACUCCAAAUAAUAAUCCUUGCAUUUGAUAUAACUACUUAUCAUGUCUUCGAGA